AAUGAGCCAAUUGUAAACUGGGGAUUAUUAGGUGACCAUGAUGGUUUGAGGGCCAGAUUGGGAAUUUAGCCAGGACACCGGGGUUAACACCCCUACUCUUACGAUAAGUGCCGUGGGAUCUUUAAUGACCUCAGAGAGUCAGGACACCCGUUUAACGUCCCAUCCGAAAGACGGCACCCUACACAGGGCAGUGUCCCCUAUCACUGCGCUGGGGCAUUGGGAUAGUUUUUAGACCAGAGGAAAGAGUGCCUCCUACUGGCCCUCCAACACCACUUCCAGCAGCAUCUGGUCUCCCAUCCAGGGACGGACCAGGACCAACCCUGCUUAGCUUCAGAAGCAAGCCAGCAGUGGUAUGCAGGGUGGUAUGCUGCUCAGAAGUGUCCACUUAGUUUGAGGGGAGAGGGUGUGUCUUAAGUGUUUGGAAUGCAGCCCCAGAGUGACCUCUUCUGCAGAGGAUAAGUUCAUUAGAGUUACCAGCCUCAGAAAUUGCAGCCCAAAUAAAUGCUUCACAGAGUUCAAGUAACAGACACAUCUCAACAUCAACUGUUCAGAGAAAUUAAAUUCUGUGUUUGACUGUAGAAUGUAUAAAUAAAUGGGUUAUGGCAAGGUGAAUUGUUUCCAACAUUGAACAAUGGAGACUUGGAUGCAGCAUAGCAAUGCCCUCCAUUAGUUCUCCGUUUUCACUUUCCUCUCACUAGGGGAGCUGUGGGAUGUGGCUCUGCAAGGAGACAUGAGAGUGGCACAGUGGGAGGGUCUCAAUACUCCACUUCCACGACCUCAACCUGGGUGACUGUCAAUGAGGUGGAGCAGGCUUGGCUUAUUCAGUAAUCCAUUGCAUAUAUAUUAUUUAAGGGGCCAUUGUGUGUUUGACCCAGAGAACAGUGCAAUGGAAAGUUACGGUUCUCAUGAGAGUUUAUUAUAGGCCUAUUGAGGUACUUUUACUGCUAAAGUAAAAACACAAUGUAGUGUAAUAAUUCUGGUAAUAUUUCUAAACUUUUUAAUUGGGAAAAGUUUUAUAACAUGCCUAUCUAUUUGGUAAUCAUGUUACAUUACGCACUAAUUUGAGGAAAUCCAAUGUAAAGACCAAGGGCUUUGGGUGUGGUAUAGACAGCCAGGUGAUGUAUUUGGGCAGGGCAGACCAGCACUGCACGUGAUCAAUAGCAAUAGCCAUAGCCAUACUGUAUUGAGACCACGGCCAUCUUUGCCCUCGACUUGCAUUUUUCCUUCUGGAGAAACGUUUGCUCAGCCCUGCAAUAUUUCCUGAGGUCACUGCAGCCACACAGACGCUUCGGGGAAGAGGGUGCGCGCACGCGCCCUGGAUGAGGAAGACUGCAUUAGUAUAGGAAGCUAAUUGAGAACAACAUGUGACAGUCACUAUUGCAAUGCCGUUUCUGAUGACAUCGAGAUGUGUGCAUAACCCGAUAACUGCAACCGUGGCAAACAAACGAUCGCAUUCGCUUCAGCGCUAUAAACCGAAGCUCUAAACAUGACAGGAACGCAAACCGUUUGUUAUGCAUGAGGACCUGGAAAACGGCACAUGAUAUUUUAUUUGAACGUGUCUAGUAUGUAUCGACGAAUGUAUCAAUCCAUGGCCUGCGGGGUACAGAAGAAGAAUCGCUAAGUAUUUAGCUACAUUGUAGCAGUAGGUUAUGAUGUCAGGGCUUGAAACAGCGCAUGGGGUUUAUGAUCGAUUUAACUUCAGAUAACCCACCUUGCGUGCUUUUCCCCUAUCCAUAGGUUAAUAAGAAAUGUUCAAUUAAACAAGCUGCAACACUGAGAGCCAUGCAGAUUUGUGGUAAAUAUCGUAUAUCCUAAAGAAUAGCAUAUUGAGUUUGAGAUGUUAUUUAACAGCCUACCGACGUUGGAUAGUUGUAUGCCUAUGCUUAAAAUGCACGUAUUUCUUAGCUGGGCACAACCAUUGAAUGUCAUGUAGCCUAGUAGACACAUUUACCAAAAUGCUACCAGGUUCUAUUCAAAUAACGGGAGAGACACUGUCGGGAGCUGAGAUCAAGGAUAUUUGUGACAGCCUGAAAGAGAACAGUGUGAGGCUUCUGUCUAUCAGGGGAUGUCAGCUUUCGGACCGUGACUUUGGACGGGUGUGUCGUGGUGUGGCAGAGUCUCACUCACUGGCGCAACUCAACAUGAACCUCGGCGUGGUCUCCACCAUCAGCCGAACCAAGCAUCUCGCAGAUGCACUCAAGACAAACAGAUCGAUCCAGACCCUUUUUCUCCAUGGAAGCCCCCUCCUAGAUGCAGGAUUGGUCACACUCAACACUGCAUUGUCCACUCACCCUUCACUGGUGUCUCUGGACCUGGGGGACUGUAUGCUGGGGGAUGAGGCACUGCGGCUAGUCUGUGGCAUGCUGCCUCCAGAUGGGGCCAAAUCAGCCUGUCCCACAGGGCUUAGAGAGCUGACUCUUAGUGCGAACCCCAGCAUCACAACCAAGGGAUGGGCCCGCCUGGCCAUCGCUGUGGCCCACAGCUCCCAGCUCCGAGUCCUCAACCUGGACUACAACCCCCUGGGGGACCAGAUUGCAGGUAUGCUAGCAGUGGCUGUGGCGUCCAGCAGAACUCUGGAGGUGUUGGAUCUGGAGGGAACAGGACUCACAAAUCAGUCAGCACAGGUCUUCCUCGAAAUGGUGGAGAACUACCCCACCUGUCUGCGCGUGCUGGUCCUGGCUGAGAACGCCAUCAGCCCCGAGCUGCAGCAGCAGAUUUCCGACCUGCUCUCCGAGGGAGAGGAGGAGGACGACAAGGAGGGCGAGGCACGAGGCAGCGCUGCCAUCCCCACCAGGGAGAAAACCGCGUGGAUCCCCCACAGCAACUCCCACCCCCAGAUGGUCCUGCUGACGUCAGGUCUAGGUGAGAGCCUACUGGCUGAGACUGAGAUGUGAUUCCACAGCCUUCCUACCUUUUUUUGUUUUUUUACCUCUUUUCUUUCUGCUAGUCUGUACGUAAUAGAGUUGCAGUAUCACCUGGUAGUGUGCAAUCAAUCACACUUUUUGCAUGACCUGUAGCAACAGAAUACAUUUUGGAGCAGGCACAAAAUCCUUAACACACACAUUCACACCAAGUGUCUUAUAGGGAAUUAUUUAUUUUAAUUAUGUACAGUCUAUUUAUAGUUCAUAUUUAAAGGUUUAUGUAAGCAAUGAAAGUCUGUUGAUAGAUCGACUAGAUAGGAUUGUUGUGAUGGUCUGAUGUGAUGUCAGAAUAAAUCUGUUUACAUCUUCUUAAA